UUCUCCAUUUCCUUCCGUCAUUCUAUAUCACAUUUUUCCUCCCCCUUUCUCUCUUGUCAUGAAACGAUUGCUCCUGCACCGUCCGCCUCAUCAUCAAAUAAUUCGUUCAGACUUAGUCUCUUCCACUAUGGAUAGCUCUUUCUGGUUUGGGAGGCAAGGAUAGGAAGGAGGGGAGGUCUUCAGAUUCAAUGUGAAUGAGACUCCAGCCAGUUACUUGAACAUUAAAAAUAAUCAUCAUCUUCAAACCAAAGUUGCUGUACUGAGAUUUUAGGGUAGGGAUGGGAAGAAAAAUGGAAUGGGCGGCACAAGCGAACCACAUGGGAGGAUUACCAAGAAAGUUAGUGUUCAUGGCUGUUGGAGCAUUUGCAAAGACGGUGGCCAAUUUUCUCAACACCACUUAUGUUCACAAUGCUGAUACACUAAUUCGUCUUGUUCACUCUAGGCCUUGUGGGGUACCUCUCCUCACUGUUAGUAAUCACAUGUCCACCUUAGAUGAUCCGGUCAUGUGGGGAUUCAAGGGUUUUCCCACCGUGGAUGCUAAGUUGGCGCGAUGGGUUCUUGCUGCUGAAGAUAUUUGCUUCAAAAAUCCUCCUUUUUCAUAUGUCUUCCGAUUAGGUAAAUGCAUACCCAUCACAAGGGGUGGGGGAAUUUAUCAAGAACAUAUGAAUGAAGCAAUUAAGCGUUUAAGUGAUGGAGAAUGGUUACAUACUUUUCCUGAAGGAAAAGUGUCACAAGAAGAUGCACCAAUUCGGCGGUUGAAAUGGGGAACUGCUAGUCUUAUUGAUCGUGCACCAGUUACUCCAAUAGUUGUGCCAAUUGUUCAUCAUGGUUUUCAAGAGGUGAUGCCUGAAAACUUUAUGUUUGGUCGAAGGGCUCCAUUUCCAUUGUGUAAUAAGCACAUUAACAUAGUUGUUGGGGAGCCAAUAAAAUUUGACCUUCCCAAAAUGAGGCAGCUGGCAAUUUCCAAGUCUCGUGAUCCACAUCUUUGUAGCAUGGGAUGGCCUGGCAGUGACUCUCAUGGAAUGGACGAAGCUGCUCGCAGAUAUCUUUACUCUUCCAUUUCUGAUAAAAUUUUGACUACCAUGGAGAACUUGAGAAGCUUUGGUAGGAGCAUUUUGAAGUAAAAGGUUCAAAAUCUUAUUUAUUGUAGCUCAUUUUUUUGAAGUGUUAAUUGUAUUUUAUCUGUCAUUCUUGUUAGUCUAUUAAUAGUAGCUGAUUCUCUACUUAAGUUGGUCUGAGUUAAACAGAAGGCAAUCUUCUCCAGAUUUGCAUCUCUUAAAAACCGUUUAGAACAAGAACACAUAUUUUGAUAAGAAUUGGAGAGGGGACAAGUGCAAUUUCAAAGA